AUGUCAAUCUCCACCCCCACCAACCAGGUCCGCCUAACCAAUGUGGCCGUGGUUCGGAUGAAGCGUGCUGGGAAACGCUUCGAAAUCGCCUGCUACAAACACAAGGUCGUCGGCUGGCGGAGUGGUGUGGAAAAAGACCUUGACGAAGUUCUGCAGACCCACUCAGUGUUUGUAAAUGUUUCUAAAGGUCAAGUUGCAAAGAAGGAAGAUCUCAUCAGUGCGUUUGGAACAGAUGACCAAACUGAAAUCUGUAAGCAGAUUUUGACUAAAGGAGAGGUUCAAGUAUCAGAUAAAGAACGGCACACGCAGCUGGAGCAGAUGUUUAGGGACAUUGCAACAAUCGUAGCAGACAAACGUGUGAAUCCUGAAACAAAGAGACCAUACACUGUUAUCCUUAUUGAGAGAGCCAUGAAGGAUAUCCACUAUUCAGUCAGACCCAACAAAAGUACAAAACAGCAGACUUUGGAAGUGAUAAAACAGUUAAAAGAGAAAAUGAAGAUAGAACGUGCUCACAUGAGACUUCGAUUCAUUCUUCCAGUGAAUGAAGGGAAGAAGCUGAAGGAAAAGCUCAAGCCAUUGAUCAAGGUUAAAAGUGAAGACUACAGUCAACAGUUAGAAAUUGUAUGUCUGAUUGACCCAGGCUGCUUCAGAGAAAUUGAUGAGCUAAUUAAAAAGGAGACAAAAGGCAAAGGUUCCUUGGAAGUACUGAAUUUGAAAGAUGUGGAGGAAGGAGAUGAGAAAUUUGAAUGACAUUCAUCAGUGUCUUCAGCUAUAAAACACAAAAGUGUUUUCAUUUCCCAUGGUACUGUUUCCUUUCUGUGGCCCGCCAAAUACUUGUUCAAACUGUUUGACAUUUUCCAUCUCUGGGUUAAACAUCUACACAAGAAGACUUUCCUACAUCAGUUUAAUAAUGUGGGAUUAAUUUAGUUUUAAUUAUAAAUUGGGGUGUUAGGGUAAAAUGAAAAAUCCAAGAUAUGUAAUCCAGACUGACAUUCUGCUAUCUCAUAACCUUUAUUUGAGGCAACUCUUGUGGAUGUAUAAAGUCAACAGGUUUGCACAUUACAGUAAGUAAUAUUUGGGGGAUGUGUCUGUGUGACAAGAAGGGAGCAUUUGCUGGGAGAAAAAGCAUAAUGUAUUAUUUCUGCUCAAUGAAAUGUGUAUAUAGGGUUAACUGUAUUGUGGCCUAAUAUAAAAGUUUGAAUGAAGACUUCCUGAUUAUCUGAAAAAUAGAUAUAUGGUAACAGUACAGGACUUAAAUAAUUUUCAUUGAACAUGCCGCCAUGACUUACAUUAUUCUUGGUAAAAAUCAAGUCAUUUAUUCUAAUUCUUAAAAUUUAUAAUAUAUAUUAAAAUAGCUAAAACUAUAUGUAAUAAGUAAAACCACUCUUAUUUUUGUUCAACUAUGGCUUGUGUGUCUAGACAGCUUCCUAAUAACUCCCUUUCUUUUCUCUGUCUUUUGUCUAAUAGGGUUGGGAAGUUGUUAGGAGGAAUAAAUAAAUCAGCAAUAUGCAGAUUGUUUAGUACAGGGCCUGUUCUGAGAUAAAUGCCUGAUAAAUCUUAGCUAAUAUUAUUUGGGAUUUAAUUGAAUAUAACUUUUUAGCAUUUGAACACUAAUAUGG